AUGGGCCCAUAAUGAAAAAGGCCGAAGGGCCCACUGACAGAAAGCUCCCCGAUUGGCAGAAGCUCUGAGGGAUCUCCGCUCUACUGCAACGAUGGAAGCACGAUGGCGAUCGAAGAUGAGGAUCGCCAUAGUCCACCCAGACCUCGGCAUAGACGCUGCUGUUGAACUUGUUCGCAUUGACACAAUGUCCAUAUUUUUAAUCUCACCAUUGACGAAAAUCGGAGUCAAUGUAAAUCCGUUUGAUGAGCCCCAUUCUUGUAUUUCAGCCUUUGCCAAGCUUGGCACAGUUGAAGGAGGCAUUCUUCAAGAUUACAAUGUAGCUCAUGUUUCCUUAGUCAUUGUUGGCGAGUCUCAACCAUUUUCCCUGUCACCGUUCAAGUUAAAUACUCUUAAAAGCACUUCAAGACAAGUAAGUAACGUGAUCAUGUCGUAAGAGAUAUAGGAAAAUUUUGGGACCUAUCAUGUGCCAAAUCUAAAUUUCAAAUCCUAAACAUGUAGCGUUACGAUCUUGACCAUAGUUAUUAAAUAUUACAACAUUCACUUGGAUAAUGAUAUCAAAUUCUCAUGAAUUUUAUUCAAUCUCAAGUAGACACGUC